AGAUACAUACACAUACAUACAACUGUCAUCAUCUCUACUAAUCUAAACCUAUAAAUAAAUGCGCACACAGUAGCAGCUCAUAUCUCACAAACAUGUCUGACCACAGAUCCGCCAAAGACAAGAACAAAGCCAAGGUUUCCGAUUCACGCCGCUGGAUUUAUCAAGAUGAUGAUGAAGCGGAUCAUCAAAACGACGCCGAUUUCGAUGAGUAUGAUGAGGAUUUGCCUCCGCAACACGUGUUGGACUCGGAUGAAGAUGAUAAUGUUGAUUAUAAAUUGAUUCGAACCGAGCCGAAGAUUGAUUCCUUCGAUGUCGAAGCUCUCGAGAUUCCCGGUUUUCAGCGGAAUGAUUAUAAGGAUGUCACUAUGGGGAAAAGUAUUAUGAUGGCUCUUCAGAUGCUUGGGGUUGUGUUUGGUGAUGUUGGAACAAGUCCGCUAUAUACCUUCAGUGUGAUGUUCAGUAAGGCACCAGUAAACGGAGAUGAGGAUGUCAUUGGGGCGCUGUCGCUUGUUCUGUAUACAUUAAUUUUGAUCCCAUCAUUUAAGUAUGUUCUAAUUGUGCUCUUGGCCAACGACGAUGGUGAAGGUGGCACAUUUGCUCUGUACUCGUUAAUAUGUAGGCAUGCUAAUGUUAGUCUUCUUCCAAAUCAACAACCAUCUGAUACAAGAUUAUCAAGCUUCAGGCUGAAGGUGCCAUCUCCAGAACUUGAGAGGUCAUUAAAGAUUAAAGAAUGUCUUGAAGCUUCUCUGGCUCUGAAAAAGCUUCUUUUGAUUCUGGUUCUUGCUGGUACCUCCAUGGUUAUUGCUGAUGGGGUUGUUACACCAGCAAUGUCAGUGAUGUCUGCAGUUGGCGGUUUAAAACUUGGAGCAACAGGAAUCAAGCAAGAUCAAGUGGUGAUGAUAUCAGUUGCAUUUCUGGUGGUUUUAUUUAGUGUACAGAGAUAUGCCACAAGUAAAGUGGGGAUUGUUAUCGGUCCUGCUUUACUAAUAUGGUUUUUCUUACUUGGGACUAUUGGAGUCUACAAUCUUAUAAAAUAUGAUAGCAGUGUCUUAAAGGCAUUCAAUCCUGUUCAUAUCUACUAUUUUUUCGUGAGGAAUUCUACUAAGGCUUGGUACUCCCUUGGAGGCUGUCUUCUAUGUGCAACUGGUUCUGAGGCUAUGUUUGCUGAUCUUUGCCAUUUUUCCGUUCGAUCAGUUCAGUUUACUUUUGCAUUUCUUGUACUACCUUGCCUUCUAUUGGGGUAUCUGGGCCAGGCUGCAUACCUCAUGAGUAACCACGCUGAUACCACUCAGGCUUUCUUUGCUUCUACUCCAAGUUGGGCUUUCUGGCCUGUCUUGCUCAUUGCCAAUAUUGCUGCACUGAUAGCUAGUCGAACGAUGACAACUGCCACUUUCUCUUGUAUUAAACAGUCAACAGCUCUUGGUUGUUUCCCUCGCCUUAAAAUCAUUCAUACAUCUCGGAAAUACAUGGGGAAGAUAUAUAUCCCGGUCCUAAAUUGGUUUCUACUGGCAUGCUGUCUGGUGUUGGUCUGCUCUAUAUCAAACAUUUAUGAAAUCGGGAAUGCUUAUGGCAUUGCUGAGGUUGGAGUGAUGAUGGUGACAACAAUUCUAGUGACUUUAGUUAUGCUCCUCAUAUGGCAGAUUAAGGUUGAAUUUGUGGUGAGUUUUGCUAUAAUAUUCCUAGGAAUGGAACUAACAUUCUUCUCAUCUGUUUUAUGGAGUGUAUGGGAUGGAAGUUGGAUCAUAUUGGUGUUUGCAGUUAUUAUGUUUUUAGUAAUGUUCAUCUGGAACUAUGGUAGCAAGCUCAAGUAUGAAAGUGAAGUCAAGGAAAAAAUUUCAAUAGAUCUAAUGCGGCAAUUGGGUAGCAAUCUUGGAACAGUGAGAGCUCCUGGCAUUGGUUUGCUUUAUAAUGAGCUUGUGAAGGGAGUACCUGCAAUAUUCGGACAGUUCUUGACAACUCUUCCUGCUGUCCAUUCUAUGAUUAUAUUUGUGUGCAUAAAGUAUAUUCCUGUUCCUCUAGUACCCCAAGAUGAAAGGUUUUUGUUCAGGCGGGUCUGCCCCAGAAGUUACCACAUAUUUCGAUGCAUUGCCAGAUAUGGCUACAAGGACGUCCGGAAAGAAAAUAAUUUAAUUUUUGAGAAGCUUUUAAUUGAGAGCCUUGAGAAGUUUAUUCGCAGAGAGGCUCAGGAACGGUCAUUGGCGAGUGAUGGAGAGGAGGAUUCGGAUUAUGAAGAUGACUAUGCUAGCUCACAAGUUCUCGUUGCUCCCAAUGGCAGUGCCUACUCACUUGCCAUUCCUCUCCUCUCUGCAUAUAUGGACACAAGACAGCCACUUGUGGAUGCAUACACUCCAAAGGACAUAAAGUCGGAAGAUCCAAGUACAAGUAGAACUGAUCCAAAACAAAGUCUUGAGCAGGAGCUGUCUUUUCUAAAGAAAGCUAAAGAAUCUGGGUUGGUCUAUCUUCUUGGUCAUGGUGACAUUAGGGCAAGGAAAGAUUCAUGGUUUAUUAAGAAGUUAGCAAUAAAUUACUUUUAUGCUUUUUUGAGAAAGAACUCCAGGCGAGGGAUAGCCAAUUUUACCGUGCCUCACCAGCAGCUAAUCCAGGUCAGCAUGACUUAUAUGGUCUGAUUUCACUUCUGUGUCCUAAUGAUCCGAAAUGAUUAUAACACUCCUGGGAUUGAUUCAAAGUGUCAAGUGCUGGUCUGAACCUCAGUUCUUGCUGGUCUGAACCUCAGUUUAUUACAGGCAUACAGCAAUUCAUCUACAUUUCUUGUGCUGCUGUUUGCCAACAAUUUGAUUGCUCCAGUUUUGUACUUCCACUUUCGAUGUUUACAAGUUCGACCGAAUGAUGGGCAAUUUAGUGUACCUCUCCGUAACAGUAAUGUUUCAACUUUCAAGUCAGAGAGGUAGUAGAACUUAAAAGGGUUGAUUUGUAAUUACUGUUGUAGGUUUGACUCUUUUUUGAUAAGUAAAGAGGAAGAAAACAAAUACAAAGUACAGUCAGAUUAGUUGAUUAUAAACAUGGAUUGUCAUAAAUGUUGCUUCUAAUGCUGCAUCUCUCUUCUAUAUGAAUGGCAUUUUUGUUCUUAA